CACACAACUUCCGCUAAGGGAAUUAACUCAGGUUUCCACUGUUAAAAUUUAGGACAGCAAUAUGGGGAGAAAUUUCUCUAAAAUACCUGUUUUAACAAGACGUAUUACUGGCGAGUCGGUGCAAACGUCUGUAAAAACUGUAGGUUCUCGAUACUGCUCACAGAUUUCAGCUGUCACCUUUCCAAAAUUGCAGCCCAAGCAGAAUGAGGCACAACAUUCUUCACCAAGAGUUGCAGUGGAUACAAUACGUGAUGCCAAAGUGCCCGCAUCACAGGAUGUUCUCACAGACACGUUCGGCCGUCACCACUCCUACCUCCGCAUCUCCCUUAGUGAGAGGUGCAACCUCAGAUGUCAGUACUGUAUGCCGGAAGGUGGUGUGGAUCUCACCCCAAAGGAGAGACUACUGAGUACCGACGAGAUCCUAGGACUAUCAGAGAUGUUUGUGAAACAAGGCAUCACAAAAAUAAGGCUUACUGGCGGCGAACCGUUAGUCAGAAAAGAUGUGGUCGAUAUUGUGCGUGGUCUGAGUGACUUACGAAUAUAUGGCCUUGAGACAGUUGCCAUGUCAACUAACGGUGUUACCUUGUCACGAAAACUGCCAGCUCUAAAAGAGGCGGGGCUUGACCUGAUCAACGUCAGUCUGGACACUCUUGUUCCUGCAAAGUUUGAGUUUGUGACCCGGCGUAAAGGCUGGGACAGGGUGAUGCAGGGCAUUGAUAAAGCUCUGGAGCUUGGAUACGGUCCUGUCAAGGUGAACUGUGUUGUGAUGCGAGGGUUGAACGAUGAUGAAAUCUGUGACUUUGUGGCUCUUACAGAACACAAGAAUCUGGAUGUCCGAUUUAUAGAGUACAUGCCAUUUGACGGAAACAAGUGGAACUCUAAGAAGAUGGUGCCAUACAUGGAAAUGGUGGGUGCAAUUCGGGACAGGUUUCCACAAUUCAACAGAAUACAGGACAUGCCCAAUGACACAUCUAAGGGCUACAAGGUUGACGGGUUCGCGGGCCAGGUCGGCUUCAUCACGUCCAUGAGUGAACACUUUUGUGGAUCGUGCAACAGACUCAGAAUCACAGCAGACGGAAACCUCAAGGUGUGUUUGUUUGGCAACUCUGAGGUGUCACUGCGGGAUGCAAUGAGGGGCGGACUCGAUAAAGAUGAACUACUCGCUGUGAUUGGGGCAGCUGUCAGCAGGAAAAAAAAACAACAUGCUGGGAUGUUGAACCUCUCAAAGAUGAAGAACCGACCCAUGAUUCUUAUUGGUGGCCAGAGUGGUGUAGUAUUAGACACGAGGCCACAUCUACCUUUGUCGGUCGGGGUCUCCUAUGGAGGGCUGCUGGCAGCCAUGUUUCAUUCCACAUCUUAUAACCAUAGCAACAAUGAUAACCAGAAUGAUAUCAGUAAUAAGAACCAGAACUAUAGCCAAACUACUAGUAACCAGUCAGAGAAUGCAGAGGGUGAUAUACAGGAGUCGGAAUUCAAUGAUUAUGAUCUCAAGUCUACAGAACAGCAAAUGAAAGUUUGGGAAAGAAAAUCAACUGAACUUGAUGGAAAAGACAUUCAUAAUGUAAAAGACAAGGAUAAAUUACAUACAGACUUUGUUCAUGAACCAGAACAUUUAAAGCAUUCAUCAAGGCCAAACAAUCAGGAAAAGGAUGAUAUACAGGAAUCUGAAUUCAAUGAUUAUGAGUUCAAGUCUACAGAACAGCAAAUGAAAGUUUGGGAAAAGAAAUCAGGAGAAGUUGAAGGAUUUGAUAUACAUGACAAGCAAGAGGAAAAUGAUAAAUUCUGGAAAGAGUAUGGAAAAGAAGUGCAUAUUCAGACAGAAAAGGCUGAUGAAAAAUUUGAAAAACAUCGAAAAGAUAAGGAUAACCAAUCUGGGGAACAAGAAGUAAUUGAAGAUGAAUUUAAUGAUUAUAUGAUCGAUUCCAGUGAACAACAAAUGAAAGUAUGGAACAGAAAGGCCACCGAGCUGGAUGGGAAGGAUAUCCACGAGAUGAGAGAUAGUGACAAAUUCUGGGCAAAAUAUGGAAACGACCAUCAGCAAAAGAGUAUGGGUCAGGAUGAAAAGAUGGGUUACAUUGAUGAAGAAUAUUUUGGAUCAAUAAAUAAUGUACACAUGAAGACCACUGAUGCUGAAAGUCAUGACAUUCAUCAUAUUAGGGAAAGGGGUGGAUUUCUGGAAGAUUACAAAAAACAAGAGGGUCAGAAAAGUCAAAACUCUGGCAGCAAACUUUCCCACACAGAUUCAUCAGGAAAACUGAACAUGGUUGAUAUAAGUCAGAAGGUGGAGACAACUAGAACUGCCGUUGCAUCCGGAAUUGUCUACCUUGGGAAGAAGGCCUUUUAUCUUGUCAAAGACAACAAGAUGAAGAAAGGAGAUGUCCUAACUGUUGCUCAAAUAGCAGGAAUUGGAGCUGCUAAGAACACAAGCAAUCUCAUUCCUCUUUGUCACAACAUUUUACUUUCCAAGGUCAGUGUUGACCUUCACCUUGAUGAAUCUAACCAUGCUGUUAGAGUCACCUCCCUUGUCAGGACUAUUGGAAAAACCGGGGUCGAGAUGGAAGCCAUUACUGCAGUUGCCAUAGCAACACUGACUGUUUAUGACAUGUGCAAAGCUGUCUCUAAAGACAUUGUCAUUGGUGACAUAAAACUUGAGAAAAAAUCCGGUGGAAAAUCUGGUGAUUAUAAAAGAAAUUAAGAUGCAUUCCACCAGAUUGUUACCUGGUGCUAAAUAAAAAGGCUUAAAAGUUCACAUUCCAAAAAAAAAGUUCUGUAAAUAUAUAAAAUGUUUAUUUAAAAUCUUUCUAUUGAUAUCCCUUUAUGAGCCGAUGUGCAAUCCUGAAUAUUAUCCAAGAAAAGAGGAUUUUCAAAAUAUGUGUUCUCAAUUGUAAACCUCCAAACAUAUUCAGUGGUUUUUCGCCAUUUUGUGAUCAAUGGUCGGAUUGGAUGUUUACCAUAUAUUGGUUUGUGUAAAAUGUGUAACCUCUACAAAACACAACUAAAUGAAUACCACUCUGGUUGUACAAACCUUGUGUGAGAAGUCUCGCAAAAUUUCUUCUUGGGCCUGAACAUCACUGUGUGUUUCUGUUUUAGCAAUAUUUUCUUUCUACAUUAUAUUAUAAUUGAAGAUACUUUUAAGCUUUUCUGUGCAUUUAUGUUUUCUCUUUUUAAAUGUUUUGCUUGGUUGUGGAGUUUUAUAUGUUUAAAUAUAUGUGCACUCAUACUCAUGAGAAUGAUCACAUAUAUCAUUGGUGCUCAAACAUUUAUCUGAAUACAAGAAUGUUUAAUCAAAGUCUUAGACUUUUAUUCUUUCAUUUAAUCAUACAAAAUGUAAUGUUACACUUGUAAUUAGCAUACCUUCAAAUUUUGUUUGCUCUUAUUAUGCACUGAUAAUUUUAAACAGUUCCUGUAAAGGGAGUUGUAUUUGAUGCUGUCUUAUUUGAAACCAAAAUUACUAUUUUAGCUUUUUGAUGCUUUUGUAGCUCCUUUUCUUAAUAAUCUUUCUGAACUUUGGGAUAACACCAAUUUAAAAGAAAUUGAAAGAAUUAAUUUAUAUUCUGCAAACAUCUGUUAAAUGUUCAGAAAAAACCCAUUUACAUGUUGGGUUUAUGGGUAGCUUGAUAGACAUCCACUAUACAUCUAUACAUUUGUUAGAGUUACACAAGAUUGAUUAAAAAUUGACAUGGUGAUAAUAUCAUAAUACAUGCUGUAUACUUGCAGGCAUUAUCUCACUGUGCUAUAAAUGGAAAGAAAAACAGGUAGUAAGUGUUAAAAAGCUUUUGAAUGGUUGUGGUUUUGCUUAUGUCUUUAAUAACUCCAAAUGUACCAGUUAUGAUUUUGAAAUCUUUCUUGUGUGAAUUCAAAACUAUAAUAUAUAAGUAUAAUUGAUUGUUUCAAGCAUGGAUGGUGAGUGAUAGUCAAGCUUUGUUAUUGCAUAUAGAAUUAAAUACAGCAUUGAAUUAGAAGGGUUUCUUAGAUAUAUUACUGUAAAGUUUAUGAUUAUUCAUUUAUUUUCCUUUGUAGACUUAGACUAUUCAUCCUCUAAAAAUUGAAACAGGUAGAUGUAGCUGUAAUCAUAUAAUGAUACAAUGAUCUAAUGAUCUAUGAUGAUACAAUCAUGUAAUCUGACCAAAAUCAUAUUCAACAUGGAUAAAGGUACUGUUUUUGUUGUAUUUAAAGAGAUAUCAAAGAUGACUUCCAUUUCAUAUGUAUUUGUCAUUAUUAUUUUUAUCUUUUGUGAAGAAAAUACCGGUAUGUUAAAUGAUAUUAUUUUGCUCAUCCUUGUAUCUGUUGUCUUAAAAACUCAUGUUUUGUUAACAAGAACAUUAUUACCUAGAUGUAGGGGUUGUAAUUAAAAACUAUUUUUUGUGUUAAAUUAUACAUAAUAAAUCAAUGAUAAACUUCAUGUGCCAAGUUGAUUCCCCUCAUUUCUACAACUAUCAUUAGUUUAAACUGUUAUACUCAUAAAUUUACUGUGUUCUUUAUUUUUAUUUGUUCAUUACACACGUUUGUUCUAAAUAUACUAAAAAAACUCUUGGAUUUUAACAAUAUAUGAGAUAGAUAGAUUUUUCCUUAAGUUAUGAAAUUGGUGGAAAACUAGAUUUAUUUUUCAGAUUUAUAAAUUGUAUUAUAAUAAAAAAGCUUGAUUUCAUCAAACGAUGAUUAUUUUAUACAAAUUAAAUAUAA